UUACAUAGUCUAUUUCUAAUUUAUAUAUAUCUUAAAAAAAUUGACAUAGUAAUUUAUACACAUCUAAAAAAAAAUAUGUGAAAUAGUAUAUUGUUAGUUUUGUAACCGUUAAUUUUCCAAAGAAGAAAAAAAAAUAAAAAAAUAAAAAACAACUUCAAACAAAUUAAACCUAGGGUGGACUGCGGAGGCUUCAUUGCUUAAACCCAUCCGACUCCCCGUGGUUGGUCGCUUGAGCAUUUUCAAUUAGGCCUGACCAAAAUAUUGCUCAUCCCUACUCGAGAGAGUUGAGCGAAGGCAUUGUGUGUGCAUUCUUCAACAUUCGAAACGCAGAAGCGCGGGCUUGCGCUCUAGGGUUUAGAACUUGGAGUGGUCUCUUCCAAUUACAGAGAGGUGAUCAAGAGAGACUACACCAAUGGCCACAACUUCCACUGCGGCCGAUCAAACGGCGAACUCUAAAUCUGUCGACGCCUCACUAUGGUGGGACUCUUUCUCUCUCUUACUAACUGAACUCGAAAACGCUUCUCUCUCCUCCGACCUUUCUCCAAAUCUGGUAGAGAAGUUGAAAGAAAAUCACUCGUGGUUCUUGGACACUGUUUCUCUUUUCAAGAGUCCAAACCAGAAAUCAAGGGAGGCGUUGAAUUCACGCCAAGUUAACAUCGGGUCUCAUCAAUUGAUUGUACAGCCUGAAUUGAGAGAAACGGCACUAAAAAUUAGUUCUAUUCUGUGUUUGGAUGAGGUACAGUCAUAUAUUCUUGUAAAAAGAUCAAUUGAGUGCAACAGUCUAGCCGAUGAUCCUAUAGUUCAGGAACGUCUUUAUUUGGUAGUGCUUCAAUACUACAUUGAGCGACAAUGCUUGUUGAAGUGUACGCGGCAGAUAUUCAUGCACGCAUUAUAUGUUGGAAGUGAUUCCAAAGAAGAAGGCAGUGCCAUAAAGGAGGAGGCACAGAAGCUGAUAUCUGAUGGGCUAGAAAAUAGAUUACUAUGUAUUCUCGAGGACCUUCUAUCAUCCAGUCAUCCUGAACACAUGGAUGUCGAUCUGUUCACUUUAUGGGCUGAGGAAACACUGAUUGAAGACAAUCUGGUCCUGGACAUUCUUUUCCUUGCUUAUUACGAGUCUUUUUGUAUUUGUAAAGGCAAACAUUGGAAAAAGUUAUGCUUACUUUAUGGGGGAAUCAUGUCCGGGACUUGCAACUUUGGGAAACUGGCAAUAUCUGCUGAAGCUAUGCUUUCUAUAUAUCAUGCGAAAGUUCAGCUACUGCUUAUUCUAAUAGAAACCUUGGACCUGGAAAAUCUUCUCCAAAUGAUUCAUGAUGAAAUGCCGUUCAGGCAGGGUUCCAGUGCUUUUUCUGUGGUUGAUGUUCAAGAAAUGGAUGUAAUAAUUUCUAGUCUCAAUGCUUUUGAAAUGAAAGAAGCGGGGCCGCUAAUCCUAUCAUGGGCAGUGUUUCUUUGUCUCGUUUCAUCUCUUCCAGGAAAGCAGGAAAAUAAUGUGCUAUUGGAGCUUGAUCAUGUUGGUUACGUUCGUCAAGCCUUUGAGGUUUCAUCUUUGAGUUAUUUUCUUGAAAUUCUUCAAACUAACACACUGAAGGAUUCAGAUGGUCCUGUAGCUGGUUAUCGAAGCGUCUUGAGAACUUUUGUAUCAGCAUUCAUUGCAUCUUAUGAGUUAGAGGACAAUAACUUUAAACUGAUACUGGAUAUACUCUGUGAAAUUUAUCGAGGAGAGGAGUCGCUUUGUAUUCAAUUUUGGGAUAGGGGCAGUUUUAUUGAUGGUCCCAUCAGGUGUCUUCUUUUCAACUUAGAAAGUGAAUUUCCAUCCAGGACUGUGGAACUUGUUCGCUUAUUAUCAGCCCUUUGUGAAGGAAAUUGGCCUGCAGAAUGCGUGUAUAGUUAUCUUGAUAAGUCAGUUGGUAUAUCAACUUUGCUUGAGAUGAAUAGUGAUUCUUUGGUGGAUAAUAUCUCUCAGAUUGUUGAAGCAGACCUGCCAUUUCAUGUUCCUGGGGUUGAGGGUUUGUUUAUUCCUAGUAGAACACGUGGUCAUGUGUUGAAAGUAAUUGAUGGGAAUACUGCUCUUGUACGCUGGGAGUACACUCAAUCCGGGGUGCUUGUAUUGCUAUUGCGUUUGGGGCAGGAGCUGUAUUUGGAGAACACUGAGGAAGUCCUUGUCACUCUUGACUUGCUUAGUCGAUUGGUAUCCUUUAAUAUGGCUAUUUGUUAUACUCUGAUGGAGAUUGGCAACUCAUCGCAUGUUGAAGCCAGUGAAACGAGUGUGAACACGGAAAAGAAUGUGUGGGUUAAUUUGGUUGAGAUUGUUUGCAAUUUGGUAAAAAAAUUGUCUCCUAGUUGCAGUGGUGCAGUACUGAUGUCCAUGGGUGUUACUAUUUUGGCGAAGAUGUUAAAAUGUUCUCCAUCUCAAGUUACUAGAACGGCUUUAAGGGCAAAUAUUUUUGAUGUUGCCUUGGGAAUGAAUCCUUUUAACUUCAGUUGUGACGGCUUUUCAAGUGCCUCAUGGUUGCUUUCAGGAAGACUUGCAAGGAUGCUUGUGAUAGACUGUGAGCACAAUGACAGCUGUUUCCCAUUGACUCUUUCAGUGCUGGACUUCACCUUGAAGCUUGUGGAGACAGGAGUGGAAAAUGAUGUUGUCUUGACUCUUGUUGUCUUCUCCCUUCAGUAUGUUUUGGUUAAUCAUGAGUAUUGGAAAUACAGGGUGAAGCAUGUUCGUUGGAAGGUUACAUUGAAGGUGCUCGAAAUGAUCAAGAAAUGCAUGUUGACAAUCCCAUACUCUAAGAAACUGGGUGUGGUUGUCCGGGAUAUUUUACUAUGUGAUUCUUCCAUUCACAAUACUCUCAUUCGAAUUAUUUGUACAACAACACAAGCUUUAGAGAAACUCUAUGUCAGCCGUCUUUAUGAGCUAGAGGAGAUUGAAGGGUUACAACGGGCAAUAUGUUCUGUGUUUAAUAUCCUUUUGAGCACUCUCACUGAUCCUCGAAAGGAUAUUUUGCCCAGCCUUCCAGUCUUUCACCAAGCAAUGCUGUCUCCGACAACCAAACCAGUUUCUGUUGUUACUGCAGUGAUAUCCUUGAUAUCAUUUUUCCGCAAUCCUGAAAUACAAGUGGGUGCUGCAAGAGUAUUGUCUAUGUUAUUUGUCAUUGCAGAUAAUUCGCUACCAUAUGUGUUUGGGAAUGCAUGCUUUGGUCUUGAUAAUAAGCAGAUAACAGAUUUUAGGCAUUCUGUUGAAAGCAUUCUGGGUGAGCAGUCACUGUGGAAUGAAGCUCUAUUUGUUGCCACGCUCCAAUUACUUACUUCUGCUGCUCUUUAUCAGCCUGCUUUUCUUGUUGCUGUAAUUGGUGCCAAAGAGAAUACUAAUGUUCAAUUAGGUGAUGCUGAUGGUGUGAAGCGGUUGAAUGAAGCUACCUCUGGGUCACUGUGGUCCAAAGAUGUGAAUCUUAUAGAUGCACUUCUGCAAUAUAUUGGAAGAUCCGAUGAUCUUAUCGAGAGCAAUCCCCGUGUAUUGCUGAAUGCGCUAAAUUUUCUGAAAGCAUUGUGGCAAGGGGCUGGUCAGUUUACAAUUAUUUUGGAUUGGCUGAAAAGCUCUAAAAAUUUCUGGAGAAAGUUGUCCAGAUCUAUCUUGCUAAUGGCUAAUGUGCAAUCUAAAAUUCCUACUGAUAUGGAGAUUGUAAGCCAGACAUACAGAUAUCAAUGUCAAUCUGCUGUAUUACAAAUACUGGCAUACGAAGUGUUCUUACAAAAAAAGUUACUGCAUGCGGAUUCCCUUUUAAAACAACCUUCUGAAUUAUCAAAGGAUUGUAUACAGAGAACUGAUGGUACUGAAAAAACAGAAGGUGGUCUUCAUGGUCUUAAGGAUAUUUUGUCAACCUGUUGUGAGAGCUCAGUUUUAGGCAAUCUAAUCAAGUCAUUUGCUUCUUAUGAAUGUGGGAGUGACAAAUAUCUUCGUGUGAAGAUCGCUGCUGGUUUAUUCGCUGUGCUUGUGAUGGGAAAAUUGAAAGAUGGUGAUAUGGGGAGUUUGUCUGUAUCAUUGAUUGAAAAGAUUGAUAUCUUGUCAAAUAAGUUGAGCAAUCUGCCUGCUUUUUCUGAAUUGUUAGCUCAGUACACACAGCGAGGUUACAGUGAAGGAAAUGAAUUGAACCGUUUAAUACUCAGUGAUCUUUAUUACCAUCUACAAGGAGAGCUUGAAGGUCGUGAGAUUGAUCCUGGUCCAUUCAAAGAGCUUUCCCAGUACCUCAUUGAUUAUAAUUUUUUGCAAACUUAUCAAUGCAAAUAUGAGGGGGACCUUUUUGCACACGCCAAGGAUGUGUACUUGUUUGAUUCCACACGUUUACAAGAAGAUCUGGGAUUAGAUGUGUGGGAUUAUUCUGGGUGGAAAGCAUCAAAAGAAGUUGCAGAAACUAUGCUGCUAUGGUUGCAUGAUGUGAAUUCAACGGUGUUGCUCGCAAGCUCUAAGCUUUCUGCAUUGAAAGCAUUGACAACUAUCUUAUCAGUGUAUGACGCAGAUUCAACGGAGAAGCAUACUACAAUAGGCAGGAAGAUUCCUGAGCAACUGCUUCUGACGUGCAUUGAUCACAUUUGCCAGUGUCUACAUGUUACUAUAGAAUCAUUAGCUCCUGUUCUUGAUGCUUCUGAAGAUACCCUUGACUUCCUUGCAGCUCAAGCAGAACUACUCCUGCAUCUUAUUAGAUCUGGAUACAAAAAAUUCCCGUUAGCCGCUUGUGUGCUUGUGUUGAAAACUUCAGCUUUUUGCCUUAAAGUGUUAAGUAAUUUCAAGCGAUCAGUUGCUGGUGUUAGAGCAACUGUGCAGCUUUUACUUGCAUUGCUUCUCUCGUCUGUCGGUUUAAGUUGCAUGAAUUCACUUCUCGGUGGGGUGAUGGAGAUGGAAUCUGUUGAAGCCUUUGCUGAGGCGUCCAACGCAAGUUUGGGGCUUUUACCCAUUCUUUGCAACUGCAUUGAACCUGCUGAGCAUUGCACUCUCUCCCUGGCCAUUAUUGAUUUAAUACUGAAAAGUUUUUUGACACCUAACACAUGGUUCCCCAUUAUACAGAAGCAUCUCCAGUUGCAGCAUGUUGUUCAGAAGCUUCAGGAUAAGAACUCUUUUGCUUCAAUUCCAGUAAUAUUGAAGUUCCUUUUGACCCUUGCACGUGUAAGAGGAGGUGCUGAUAUGCUUCUAACUGCUGGUUUUUUCCCAUCUCUGAGAGUGUUGUUUGCUGACUUAUCAGAUGGUAGGCCUUCCUCAGUGAUUCAAAAAGAGAAAAAUCUCUCCUGUUCUGGAAAAAUUGAAAAUCCGCAGCACUUCUGGGGACUUGGCUUGGCUGUAGUCACAGCAAUGAUUCAGUCUCUAGGAGACAGUUCUUCCUGUACCGAUCUUGUGGACAAUGUAAUAACUUACUUAUUCUCGGAGAAAACAAACUUAAUUUCUUAUUAUCUUAAUGCUCCAGACUUUCCAUCGGAUGACCAUGACAAGAAAAGAGCUCGUGCUCAGAAAACACAAACUUAUCUAAGUGCUCUUAAAGAAACAGAGCACACCCUUAUGCUACUGGGUGUGCUAGUGAAACAUCGAAAUUCAUGGAUCAAGGCCAUGAAGGAAACGGAUUCACUGUUGAGGGAGAGAAGUAUCCAUUUAUUGGCUUUCAUUAGCCGGGGAACUCAGCGGAUUGGAGAAUCUCCUAAUAGGAUUGCACCCCUUUUAUGUCAUCCUGUCCUCAAAGAGGAGUUUGAGUGGUAUAAGAAACCUUCUUUUGUCAAUAGCAGAAAUGGCUGGUUUGCUCUUUCUCCUCUUGGUUGCAUGUUAAAUCCUAAGUUUUCUGCUGUGUUAUCCGGAACAAAUGCUCUUGUGAUCAAGGAUCAAGCAACUGAGCUUACUGAUCCAGCUCCUCAAACAUAUUUCUCGGACAUUACAGCAAUUCAGAUAUAUAGACUUGCAUUUCUUCUUUUAAAGUUUCUUUGUCUACAAGCUGAAGGUGCUGCUAAAAGGGCAGACGAUGUGGGGUUUGUUGACCUGGCUCGUUUUCCGGAGCUUCCCAUGCCAGAUAUAUUACAUGGCUUGCAGGAUCAAGCGAUUGCAAUUGUCAACGAAUUGUGUGAAACCAACAAGUUGAAGCAGGUUUCGCCUGAAAUCGAGGAUUUAUGCGUGUUAAUGCUUCAAAUAAUGGAAAUGUCGUUGUAUUUGGAAUUAUGUGUGUCAAAUAUUUGUGGAAUAAGACCCGUGUUGGGACGUGUUGAAGAUUUUUUGAAGGGACUAAAAUCACUGACGAGAGUGACAGAGGGCCAUGCAUUUCUCAGAGCAUCUGUGAAGUCAUUGAAACAAAUUAUAUCAUUUGUGUAUCCCGGAUUGUUGCAGACCGAGGGUAUCUUGUGAGAUAAUUCAUAUAAGUAGGUUAAUUCAGUAGUCUUGGAGAAAUGUAAUUAUGUAAAGAUUGUAAUGUAAGGUCAUCUAGCUAGAAUCUAUGUAGGCGAUUCUUUUAUUGUAUGAUAUUAAAUAUCAGAUCCUUCUUAGUUCCAAAAUAUGCUUACCACCGCAGCAGCAGCACUCUAUCAAUUGUGUCCACAUACAAGUGCUUGUGGUACUAAAUUUUCUUCCUUCGGGAGAGAGAGCAGUCAUUUUGAUUUUCUUUUGCA